GUGGAGCGACGGGCGCGACCCUCCGCCGCGACCGCGCCGCGCUCCCCUCGCGCUCAGCCCGCUUCCCCGAGCCGCGGGGCGGGGGACCCGGGCCAGCUCGGGCGCCGCGCCGCCGCACGGACCGGCCCUUCCGGCCAGCUCCCGGGCGCCCGGCAGGGACCCCCCGCCCGGCCGCUCGCCGCAGCCCGCCGGCCGCACACGUCCCCGGAGCCGGGCCUAGGGCGGGCGGAGGCGCGGCGUGGCCGGGCUGGGCUCGGCGGCGUCCUCCCCAUGGCCGCGGCCGGCUGGCGGGACGGCUCCGGCCAGGAGAAGUACCGGCUCGUGGUGGUCGGCGGCGGCGGCGUGGGCAAGUCGGCGCUCACCAUCCAGUUCAUCCAGUCCUAUUUUGUGACAGAUUAUGAUCCAACCAUUGAAGAUUCUUACACAAAGCAGUGUGUCAUAGAUGAUAGAGCUGCCCGUCUAGAUAUCCUAGAUACUGCAGGACAAGAAGAGUUUGGAGCUAUGAGAGAACAGUACAUGAGAACUGGCGAGGGGUUCUUGUUGGUCUUUUCAGUCACAGAUAGAGGCAGUUUUGAAGAAAUUUAUAAAUUUCAAAGACAGAUUCUCAGAGUAAAGGAUCGUGAUGAGUUUCCAAUGAUUUUAAUUGGUAAUAAAGCUGAUCUGGAUCAUCAGAGACAGGUAACACAGGAAGAAGGACAGCAAUUAGCACGACAGCUUAAAGUAACAUAUAUGGAGGCAUCAGCAAAGAUCAGGAUGAAUGUAGAUCAAGCCUUCCAUGAACUUGUCCGGGUUAUACGGAAGUUUCAAGAGCAGGAAUGUCCUCCUUCACCAGAACCAACUAGGAAAGAAAAAGACAAGAAAGGCUGCCAUUGUGUCAUUUUCUAAGAAUCUCUUGAGUUUUAGCAACCAACUGCCAGGAAAAGCCCUCAUCUUCUCUCCUAUGGUUUACAUCAUGUUGGUACCUUUCAAGCCUUAGACAAAUGAUCACCAUGGUAGCCUUAGACGAGAAGCUGGCUAAUCCUUUUGUAAAGCUAAUCCUGAGGUCAUUUCAAGAUAGAUUUAAAGGAAACACUAAGGCUGCUUAAAAGAUUAUCUGGUUCCUUUAAAAUAUAUAUCUAUGUACACAGACACUUUUUUUUUUUAAGGGCUUACAUUUUAAUAGGGAAGAAUCAGAUUUGGAACCUAAACAUUUGCUGCACCAAUAGGUUGACUAUAGGUUGUGAAAUAACUUUUAACUUCUGGAAUCAACUUCUGUUUCUUUAUAUAGAAAUAUAGGGAUUUUUUUUCAAAUGUGAAUUUUUACCUAGCUCUAAAAAUAUUGUUGUCAACUUUAGUUUAUCUUAAAUACACUGAACUGAAUACACAAAAGUGAAACAUCUCAGACCUUUACUGAUGCUACAUAGUCUUGUUUGGCCAAAAUACCAAAAUGCCUAUUAUUUAUAGAUUAAAAAUUACUUGUAGAGCCUUUAUUACUACUCUUACUCUUAAAGAUGAUCAUUUCUAUGUGGCCAAAUAUUUGUUCUUAGUCUGAAUUUAAGCAUUUCAGUGUUCUUGUUUUUUUUUCUUUUUUAAUUUAACUUUUCACAGCCAUGUUGAAAGUAAAAAAUAAGUAAUUUUUGUCUGUCUUCCUUUUCAAGUAUUUCUGAAUAAGGGAUUUAAAAGAAACUAAAACAGUUUUUCUUUGUAAUAUAAAAAUAUGGAAUUGAUCUUUCCAGGGUCAGAGAUGAUUAAUGUUUUUGCUAUAUACUUUUAUACAUUAUUUUCUUAUCAAACUAGUUAACAAGUAUUUUUAUAUGUUUGUAAGCAAAUAUGCUUUCACAGCAUACCAUGUGUAUAUGUAAAGAUAAGUAUUUAAUUCUCACUGUUCACUUUUAACUGACAAAAAAAAAGUGAAAACUACAAAAACUGUGGUAGAAUUUCUCUUUGCUGUUCUGGUCCCUGUAGCCACCUCUGGCCAGUCACGUGUCUAUUCAAGAAACCUAAUAGAGUACAGCCGGAUGUACUCAAAAAUCAUGUUCAGCCCCUCCCUCCCUUCUUAUUAGAUAUUGACUGUUAUAUCAAGUAGCAAGUGUAAAAGUUUAACUGACAAUUUGUGUAACUGUGGAUGGCCUCUGAUUUCCUUUUUAAUGCUGUGGAUUGUGUUUAAACAAUUCAAACGUAUGUUCCAGAGUUUGAGAUACUAAGUGGUAUUGCACAGUUGUCACUUUAUUGUAUGUGUACAACAGCCCCAUAAAGUUUAUAAAAGCGAACCCUGUACAGCUUCAGGUGCUAGAAUUAAAAUUGAUCAGUAAUCACAA